AUAUUUGUGUAGCUCCGGAGUCUCAAGGGGGAUUUGAGCGGGAGCAAAUCAGGGAGCAGCUCGGUGGCUUCAUCGGUCGGUUCUCCAUGGGUAGACUGCGCCGGUUCCUGUCUGGGAUCAUCUAUGGAAACCCCUUCAGGGCAGAUGACCGAACAUUUGAGGAGCUCACCCACUCCGACACCUACAUGGACGACAUGGUGACCGACUACUACGAGAAAGCUGCCAGCAUGACGGACGUGUCCACCGCCUAUCUGAGGGAGAGUACCCACACACGGGUCAACCUCCUCAAGCACAACAUCCCCAAGGGCCCCUGCGCGCUCUGCGGCAUGGGCAACCAGAGGCGGGAAACUGUCUACGGCUGUCUGGAGUGCUCAACUGGAGGCCAAAAAUAUGUCCGCCUGCACGUGGUGCCCUGUUUCGACCUUUGGCACAAAGCGCUCAGGUGA